GCGGAAGUUUGGUGACGUAACCAGCGAGCUGAGUUCCGGGUUUUUUUGCAUUCUUUAGCUUUCAGUCGAUCGCUCGCUUUUACUCCGACAAACCGGCCCCCAUCUGGAGUGUGCUGCGCUGUGUUGGGAGAACAGUUCUCGUGCCAACGGUUUACCCAGGAUAAGCCACAGGUCUGCGCCUGUCAUCAGUUUCCGGCGUGUGUUGUGUGUGUGGCUCUGGUAACACUGAACAGGAAGACGCACGCAGAGAGACGUCUGAACUGAGAGAGGAAACUGUUGUGGCUUCUUCAUCAGCCUCAGAAUGACUGAGUUCUGGGUUUGUUUCAGCUGCUGCAUUGCAGAGCAGCCACAACCUAAACGACGGCGACGGAUCGAUCGCUCCAUGAUCGGGGAGCCAACAAACUUUGUUCACACCACACAUGUAGGCUCGGGGGACAUGGGCAUUGGAUUGGCAUCCGUGGACCUUGUUCAGGCUCAGAUGAAAUCUAAAGGGGGCUACGCGCACGGAGGGUCUGAAGGUUCCCAGUUGUAACGAGCCCUUCACAGUCUUGUGGAAACUACUGUUGUUGAUAUGAGGAAGCAUUUUCAAAAAGCAGUUCUGUCUGUAAUGGACGCAGGACCAAAAGAUGAAACUACUGCUUUUCCAUGAUGUUGUAUAUAUUUUUUAUUUUCCAUUCCUUUUUUUUUUUUUAUUAUGAAAGCACUGCUAUCCAUUUGCUGCCAUACUGUUGCACUGUAAAGAGUAACUGUUAAAGAGUAGAUAAGAGGGUUUAGAAAGCUCAUAAUCUCAGUCAGACGUAUGCUUGAGUGUAUGCAUGAGGAAAAUAGUUUCAAAAAUAUUUUGCUGUUGUAGCCCAAUUGGAUGCCUGUAUUUAUUAUCUGAUUCGUUAACGGACCUCAUGGUGGCUGGGCCACGCUGGAGAUUUGGAACAUUCAGUUUCCUUCUUUAUUCUCAGAGGUUUAUCAAAGGACAGGUAGAGGCGGCAAGGCAAAAAUCGAUACGUUUAUUGUUUUAUUCUGAGAAAUACUCAUGAUUCUCUGAGUUGCUUUCAGGGUUGAAGAUUGCUGUCUUGUAAUAAACUUGAAAUGAGUAGAGUACACUGGAUCAUACAUUGUACACUCACUUACACUUGCUUAGGAAUUACGCAUUGAUUUCAACUGUUUUUUUUAUACUCAUUUAGAUUGAACCAUAUAGAAUUUUAAUAAACUAUGAACUUCCUAAUCUGCCUUCUGAAGUCAUUCGUUAUUUGUUUUAUAAGUAUCAUAUGGCAGCUUGAAGCUGCAAAUACUGAGCUUAGUGGUUUCAAGAUGAUUAAUGUUUUUAAAUUUUUUUUCAAGGCUUGUAUACCAACAGUAGAUCAAGAAUCAAACUUUGGAAGAAAUCCCCACCACUGCAAACACUGCCAUGAAUGUGGGUCAAGUUUGAUACAGUUAGCAGUAUUCUCAAACCUGUAGUUUACCUACGGUAGUUAGUUGUAGCUACGGUCCAUUUUUUCCAGCACAGUUUGUUUUGCAUAUUGUGUCUUUUCAUGACUUCUAGAGUAUUUCUCGCUCUUUGGCCGAAACACAAUUUGAGACAAUUUUGUCCCUCCGGAGGUCUCAGUAGUCUCAAAUGCUGCACUUCUUAAAGCUGACAAAUGCUAUUAAAUCACAUUGACCCAGAUUGUGACCCUCAUUUGUAGCAGUGUUUGGGAUUCAGUUGCUUUAUUGUUAAAAGAUGUUCCCAUGUGAUGUUCAAAUUAUUCUGUCAACAAAAUUAUAAAAGGUAUUAACUCUCCAUUUGAGCCCCUGUGUUGAUUUACACCCAGUUUGUCAGUUUGUGCAAACCCCUACCCUCCCUUUUCAAGGAGAUCUAAUUUUCCUAUCUUAAGGAAAAGUAAAUAAGUGCAGCUCUUAUUGCCUGAUCUGGUUGUCGGUUGUCUUAGUAAUCAGACUAGAGUCAUUGUUGUCGUUUGUGGUCCAAAUUUCUGAUCCAGGCUCCACUGAAAAUACCUUGAUGAAAUCAGCAGAUAGUGACCGAGCAGGUGCAGUAUGAAUAUUAAACGCACGACCCCUUCUACUUGGGGUUCUGUAGUGUUCAUCAUGUACACACUGCUCAUCACUACUAACAGUGAUUAUAAAUCACCAGCAGGCCUGGAUCUAUUAAUACAUAUGUGAUUAUUUGUCUUCCAUGUACAUCAUAUGAUUUACUAUUCCAACAGCAGAACGUGGUUGUAUUAUAAAGUCAAGCAAAAGUCUGUGUUUACCGGUGUUAAAUGAGUGCUAUUGUCAUAUUUAUGAUACAAGAAUGAAAUAUUCGGUGUAUGUACAAGGCGACGUAAAUACCUGAUUGAUAUUGGUCGCAUUUCUCAUAUAAUUUACAGCCUUAAAACUGCUGGUAGCCAUUUUCCAGACAUUCACAGAUUUAAUAAUGUGUUUCACCAGACUAAAAUAUUGUCACAUCUGUUCCUCUUUAAAUGUUUCUGUAGUAAUUCCUGUGUGAAAAGAGAUCCACAUAUAUGUAGACUAGUUUGUUUUUUUCCAGCUCUGGGCUACAUGCUGUAGUAUGUGCAGACAUACUGGGAUUGCAGUAUAUUAUGUGACCAGCAGGCUGUGCUAGUGGACUGGUUGAAUGUGACUUGUUGUCAAAAUGUUUCCUUAUGGGAUUCCUGUCAUAGGACUUAUUUUAUGAUGAAACUGUAAAUACAUAGCAUAAAAGUAUUGGAUCCAUGGUUUAUAUGUAUUUAGGGUCAUACAUAUUUUCUGUAUACCAAUGAGAAGGACGAGUCGGAGCAUUGUUUCUUUGUUUUGUUUUUUCCUCAGGAACUGCCUGAUAAUGUAGUACCUACUUUAAGGGAAAUUCAUCUGUCUCUUUUCUGCAUUUUUCAGAAUAAAAAAUGAGAAAUAAAUGUUCAAUGUUGAUGUUUGA